AUGAAUAAUGCUAACGGUUUAGGUGUUGAUGUACAUACAAUAGGUUCACUUGGAUUAUUGAAUAAAAGUAUUAUAUUUAGAGAAUUAUGUGAUUGUUUUGAUCAAUUUAAAAUUAUGGAUGUACAUAUAUGUGGUGAUGUUGCUAAAGGAGUAUCCACUAAAAUUGAUUUUAAUGCCGUUUUUAAUAAGGAAUAUGCUUAUAGAGUUAGUACUGAUUCUGGUACGAGUUUUACUGCUGUUAGUUAUGAUCAAUUAAUUACAAAGAUUACUGCUGGUGAUUUGACUGAAGCUGAUAAGUCUAAUGAUUUGUUGACUUAUUUGAAUACAAAUUAUGCUAUUGGUAAGAAAAUUGUUAAACCUAGUGGUGAAAAUGGUCCUAUUGCUACUCAAGAAGUAACAUUUCCAUGUAUUUAUGGAAUGGCUGCUAAAAGAACUAUUCCAAGUGGAUUUUAUCAAAAUAAUACUGAUAAUAAUGCUGUAUAUUCUGAACCUAGUUAUGAAGAGUUCGCUUCUUAUUCUUCUUAUAUUUAUCAAUCUAAAAUGCCAGGUGCACCAAUGCAUUUAUCAUUAGAUAUUCAAGGUGUUAGUAGUAGUGAAAAAAUGAUGACAAUUCCUACUAUUUUGAGUGGUAAGUUAUAUGAAUUUAAACCAGAGAUACAAAAUGGACGUUUUAUACCUACUAUUUUAUAUGGUGCUAGAGCUAGUAUACCAGGAGUUAAAAAUAAUACCGAAAGUGAUAAAUCUGAUACUAGAUUGUUAAGUGUAUUACAAUAUUUUGAUGAUAGUCAAUUAGAAUGGAAUUCUAGUUCUAGUGUAAAAUAUACUGAUGUUAGUACAUUACAAAAAGGUGCUGCUCCUACUGAACAGGCACCUAAUGCGUUAUAUGCUAUUCUUAAAGCUACUACUAGAAUUGAAAUAACUUCAUAUCGUGGUACUGUUUUGCCUUUUAUUGAUAAUGCUAAAUGGACUGCUUAUUUAAAUGACAUUGUUGCUAAUGCUACCUUGAAUAUCGAUGAUAGUUAUCUUCUUAAGGUAAUGGGAUAUAUUACUGUUCGUUUUAAGCAAUUACGAACAACUAGGAAUGAAAUAGUUGAAACGUAUUCAUUCUUAAGAUGGAGUAUUAGUGAUGGUACUACUAAUUAUAAUGAACAGAUUCCUCUUACUGGUAAAGGUCAUUAUACUACUCAAAACGGUUCUUUUGAUAUAUUCAUACGUUCAAAAGAUAGUACCUGGACUGCUGUACUCGGUACUAGUAGUAUAAGUUCUAAUAAAUAUUUAUAUGCUAUUGCAUUUGGUAAUGUUAAUAAUGCAAUUCGUGUAUAUUCGAUGGCCGCAGUUGAUAAAAAUCACGCUUUUGAUGCUAAUAGUUUUAUUAAUGAAGUUGGUUCUAAUAACGUUAAUAAUUAUAGUGUUAUUGUUGGAGUUAAUCUUAAUAGUGAUAAACUUACUGGUACAGCUAAGUUUGCUUAUAAUGUUGGAGCUCUUAAUAUUGGUAGGACAAAUUCUGAUGAGUAUUAUGCUGCUAGUUAUGUUUCGGCUAAUUCUGCUUCUACUACUUAUAUUACUAAAAUUGAUUCAGUAUCUGGUAAGACGAUUCCUUUAUUAACUGGUAAUUAA